UUAAGAAAAACAGGAAAAACGCAGAGCCCCAAAAUUCAGCAAAACAAUUAACGGUAAUCAAAUAUGGGUAGAAUCGCAGUUGCAUCGAUCGUAAUUCUAUGGCUAAUCCCCAUCUCAAUUCUGGUUAAUACCAUUGUUCCCGCUCCUUACAUGGAUGAAAUAUUCCACGUACCGCAGGCGCAACAGUAUUGCCGAGGCAAUUUCAGAAGCUGGGAUCCCAUGAUCACCACUCCACCUGGACUGUACUUUCUUUCACUUGCCUAUGUUGCUUCUUUGUUUCCAGGAUUGUUCUGUAUGCAAGCUGUCUCGUCAUUUUCAGACUCGUGCUCAACUUCAAUUCUACGCCUCACGAAUGGGGUUCUGGCUGUAAUAUGUAGCGUUCUAAUUUAUGAGAUAAUUAUUCAUUUGAGACCGUCACUCGAUGACAAGAAGGCAACCCUUCGUGCUGUGGUUUUGUCAUUGUACCCACUGCACUGGUUUUUCACUUAUCUGUACUACACAGACGUUGCAUCACUAACAGCAGUACUUGCCAUGUAUCUUUUAAUUCUGAAGAAGAAGUACCUGUUUAGUUCAUUGAUUGGAGCCUUGUCUGUGGUCAUACGACAAACAAAUAUUAUAUGGGUGCUUUUUGUUGCGUGCUCUGGCGUUAUUGAAUUUACUCAGUCUCGUAGAAAAGAUAGAGCGGAAGUAGAUGGCAUCAGCUCAUCAAAGGAAAAAGAGGAUCUGUCUGCCAACCUGAAAGAUGUAUCAAUAGUCUCUAACUUGAGAAAGCGAAGGGUCAAUAAUGGUGCAAAAAGUCGUAACAAAAUUACUCCGCAAUCCUCUGUUCCUAUGACAUAUACAUCAGGGUUGCUUGAUGAGAUUCACGACAUAAUAAUUAUUUCAUGGAAUCAUUUCUGGGAGCUUUUCGUUUCCUUUAGUCCAUCCUUUAUGGUAUUUGUGGCAUUUGUUGCUUUCAUUCGCUGGAACGGGAGUAUUGUCCUUGGUGCUAAGGAUGCGCAUACAGUUUCUCCCCAUUUCGCUCAAUUAUUGUAUUAUGGUGUGGUCUCUGCUCUGUUUAUGGUUCCUGUCCACUUCUCUUUAGAUCAAGCUGCUCUUCUGUUCAGACAGUUCUGCAAGAAGAAACUGCUUUCCGUUUUCCAGUGGUUCAUGGCAUUAGCUCUUGGCUUCCUUUCUGUCGAAUUUUUCAGCAUAGCACAUCCGUAUCUCCUUGCAGACAACCGGCAUUAUACCUUCUAUCUCUGGCGAAAAGUCAUCAACUACAAUCGGUCAACGAAGUACCUAAUGAUCCCACUUUAUGUUUACUCGUGGUUUUUCAUUGUGGGUAACUUGGCAAAAAAUCAGAAGAAGCUAUGGGUGUUGGUAUAUUUUUUCGCGUGUGCUGCAUCACUUGUCCCUGCUCCGUUGAUAGAGCUCAGAUACUAUACAAUUCCAUUCUACUUCUUGAUUCUCCACACAGAUAUUCCCGAAAGCAAGAGUUGGUUUUUCAUGGGAUUCCUUCAUAUUUCCAUCAAUUGCUUCACAAUGUAUAUGUUCUUGUUCCGGCCUUUCUAUUGGAAGCAUGAAGCUGGUGCACAGAGGUUCAUAUGGUGAUAGGUAUGCCCGAAACGCAAAAACACUCCAAAAUUUGUCAGGCAAAAAAUUCCCAGGUUCUAACUUCUAAUACUCCAUUAUUUCAUUUUUGUUUUUUAAUUGAGCCUAUUUUGAUAUUUUACAGUAGCAUGUAAGAUCCAUAUCAUACUUACAGUUUGUUAAGGGUUUAUACGAUGCGAUGCUACACCCGGUGAAAUCACUAAUUGUCCCUGUUUAU